CCUCCUGACAGACGCGUAGCGAAGAAAAAGCAGCGGUGGUGCUCCGCAUGUCGACCGGGAAGAGGUUUCUGUACUACCGGCGUUAUGCUUGACUGCAGCCCCCUUUGUUCAAGAUAACAGGUCGACAGAAAAUAAGGAGGUAAUAUUGCAGGACACAAUCUUCCAUCCAUCCCUCUUGGAAAAGGAUUCGACUCGGAAGUACUGAUCCCGGCGGCUCUUGUCUCUACACAACUGCAACAUGGCUCUGUGUGAUAAAGACAUUGUUCCUGGCGAGGUUCUCCCUGUGGUUGUUAUUGGUAACGGUCCGUCUGGGAUCUGUCUGUCCUACCUGCUGUCCGGUUACGCCCCCUACCUGCAGAGAGACGCUUGGCACCCUAACCCGCUGCUGAACAGCAAGCUUGGGGAGAACACAAACAAAUCUCUACUGGAGCAGGACCUGGAGUAUCUGUGUGAGGGGUUGGAGGGUCGGUCGACCAAUCCCGUGGCUGUGCUCUUCGAUUCACUGCUUCUCCCCGACAGCGACUUCGGGUUGGACCAUGCGUCUCCAUUGUCGUGGCGAUACGAGCCAGAGCGUGCUACUCCCCACUUGGUGCUGGGGAGGGGUCCGCCAGGAGGGGCGUGGCAUGCCAUGGAAGGCUCCAUGCUCACUCUUAGCCUGGCUAACUGGAUGGAGCUACCUGGACUCAAACUGAAGGAAUGGCUGAGAGAGAAACGCAGGAACUUGCGGAACGACCGGGCCACCCCGGCAGAGAUUGCGUCCUACUACCAACACUACGUUACCCAGAUGUCCCUGGGGCAGAGCUUCGCCUGUGGGACCACUGUUACCGCCUUGACCUGGCAGCCCGGACGGGAGGGGGAGGAGCCUUGCUGGAGAGUGACGGGACAGCAGCGGAGUGAGGGGGAGGAGCUGGAAGUUGGCCACACCCUACGGCAGGACGUGCCGUUCUCCAUCUCUGCCCAGAACGUCGUCUUGGCAACCGGGACCCACGACAUCCCAGCCCGGCUGGAGGUGGAGGGCGAGACUCUGCCCUACGUCUGCCACUCCUUCUGGGAACUGGAGGCCGCCAUCUCCCGGGGGGAGCUCAGCCAAUCCAGUGACCCAAUCCUGGUGGUGGGGGCGGGGCUUACUGCAGCUGACGCAGUAUUGGCGGCCCACCACCUGAACACUCCUGUCUAUCACGCCUUCAGACGAUCUGUCACUGAUCCCGGGCUCAUCUUCAACCAGCUGCCCAAACUACUCUACCCUGAAUACCACAAGGUUCACCAGAUGAUGAGCCAGCAGCAGCACAGCUCCAGCCCCCAGGCUCCGACCACGGCCCUUGGCCCUUCUGGCUCCGCCCCCUACACAGGGUACCUUAGCUUUCCUCGCCACCGCGUGGUCGCCUUCCGUCCUGACAGGAAGUGCGUGCUGGAGUCGGACUCCGGCCAGCGCAGCGUGCUGCAAGUCUCCAUGGCACUGGUGCUCAUUGGCUCACACCCAAACCUCAGCUUCCUGCCUGAAGGCGGUCGAUCACUGAGCCUCGACCCCGACCAGCCAAUCAGCUGCCGGCGGAACCCGCUGGAGGUGGACCCCUUCACGCACCAGGUGGUUGGGGCCGAGGGUCCGGGCCUAUAUGCCAUGGGACCCCUGGUGGGGGAGAACUUUGUCCGCUUCCUGAAGGGCGGGGCUCUUGCCAUCGCCAGCGACCUGUCCCGGAAACAGAGGGGGGAGGGGAGUGGGGCUGAAUUGUCUGAGAGUUGUAGGGACGGACAUGUUGAGGACAGACAGACCGAGACCUGUGUCUCCUAGCUCGGACCAAACUCGUGAAUUCUCACCUCAUUUCCCCAAGAUUCCCUUCUCAGUGUGUUUAGAGCUGACCAGUUUCACCAGCAGACGCUUAGUGCUCUGAACUGGUCCCUAUCCAACCUGUUUGGUACGGCUGAAAGAGAGAGGGAGAGUUGGCUCGAGAGACUGAGCCAGGGAGAGACCAAGACCCAGAAAGAGAGAGGGAAAACUAAACAGAAUUAUGUGGUACUUUGUACACAUUUAUUUUUUCCUAUAUUUUCUGAAAUCAAGGCAAGGCAUACUACGUGGUUUUCCAUAUGCUAGAGGGACUCGAGGGUUAGCUAACUUCUCUGUCAGCUAAGGUAAACAGAUAAUCUAUUGCACUUUAACCUUGUAGACUCUGAACUAGCCGAGGACCGACACGAGAAGAAAAAAUAAAACCGAGAGAGGGAGCGAAAAAGAAAAGAGGGGACCUGGAAGCCGGUAUAUUCUCCACCUUCUUCUGCCAGCUUUGGUUCAAAUCCAAAAGUCGAUUCAUCCAUGCAUUCAUCCAUGCAUGCAUGCAUUCAUUCAUCCAUCCAUUCGUCCAGCGCCUUGGUGUUGGAGAAUGUGUUGUUGAAGAAAGCCAUUUAAUGACCUUAACCACCUCAUGGUUUUACACGUGUCGCGUUUCAAAAGCAUGUUUUUAGUAUGAUUUAUAUUUUUCUAUUCAUGUUUGAGGGGUGUGUCAGCUGUCUAAAGCCUAUCCUGAGAUUUUUAUAUAUAUAUAUAUUCAGAAUUAUAGGGAGUUAUUUAAAAGAGAACCUGUAUAAAAUUACCGGAAUAAUGUUAUUUUGUUAAAAACCCUCAAUUGAGCUAGCCCCCUAUUUUUAAUAAUAAUAAUAAUUAAUUGCAAUGAUGAUAAUAGCGGACCUGUUCCUUUCUGUUGAAACAAAGAUAUUUGGUUCGGCUAUGAGGUAUGGUAUGUUGCACAGACCAGUUGAAGAUCCUGUAACCAAUACUAUGGAGCCAGGAUCUAGACCUCCAUCUUGAUUUCCCAUCUCUAAGAUGUUAGAAUAACUCUGAUCCAGGGCCAUUGGUUGACUGGACAGGUCUUUAUUUGGUGUAUUAUAUCACCUUAUAUUCCGAGCCUACUGGGUUAAACAACAUAUAAAACAUCUCACAAGUUGAUCUCAUGACCAUGUAUUGAUCCUGAUGUUUGAGGAUCUUGAGUGAAUUAUGUGCUGAGAUGAUGUCAUUCGUAGCCUUUCUUUUAAUUCAGUUAUCUGGAAACAUUUGGUGCCUUAUGGCCAGCAUUGGUCGCCACUAAAUGUAGUUUUCAGGUGCUUAUCUCCCAUAAUGCAUUCGAUAUGUAAGUGUGUAGAAAAUGUAGUUUAGGUAAAGGUUUGGAAGUGUUUUAGACAUGCCAUUUGUUGUUUAGAUUUUAAGUUUGGGUGUUGCAAUAGAGAAGUUGAAUUAGGUAUUGGGAUACAAAUUACCGAAGUUUAGGUAUAAAGUUAGAAUGCUUGUUUUAGGUAUUAAGUUAGAGAUGCUUAGAUUUGGUACUAGGUGAUUUUAGCGUAGGCAACGGGUUAAUACCUGGAGAAAGCAAUGUAUCAUGAGACUCAAGAUCAGUAGAGUGAUCUGGUGAUCCCUUCCAGCCUUUUUAAUAAAUAAUAAUUAUUCACAAUAAUGACUCUAAUAUAGGCUACCCAUUAAACUGAACCAGCCAGCAGGAGGCACAAGCGCCGGCUCGCCGAGCGGUCACGUGUCGUGUUUGAGUCCCUACACAGAUGCGAUUCUAAACCGGCAAUUUUUCCAUUUGAAACACUACUUCAAUGUCUCCCUGCUCUGUUGAAGUUCUCUCAUGCUUCUGUUGUAAAGUUGGUUAUUUUAAGUAAAUAGGGUCAAAUCGACGUCCUAAAUGCAAUACAAACUUUUGUAUCAUUCUAUCUUUUAUAAAGACUUUAAAAGACA